ACUUGUGUAAAGAAGAACAAAAUAAAUUAUGUCGGUUGUUGAAAAUUUCAACAAAACAUAUAAAUCCGAUAUAAGAUAUGCAAUUAAUACUUGUCGAAAUAUUGCAUUAUUUUUGGGAUUAUGGCCAAAUAAUAAUAAUGUGAAAAAAUCAUUAUUAAAAAAAAGUUUAAAAUUAAUUAUUAAUUUUACAUCAAUUUUACUUAUGACAUUUGUCAUUAUAUCAUGUAUAUUAUUUGGUACAUUUGAAUUAAAAUUAAUGUCACAAAGAAUAAUAUUAACGGGACCAACAAGUUUUUAUGUUAUGGCAUUUAUGAAAUAUUCAAUAAUUUUAUUUCGCAGUGAUGAUUUGGAAAAUUGUUUAAAAAUUAUUGAAAAUGAUUGGCAAUAUAUUAAUUAUAAACAACGUCAAAUUAUGUUAAAACAUGCAAAAUUUGGAAGAAUAAUAACAAUUUUUUGUGCAAUAUUUAUGUAUCUUGGUGGUUUUUGGUUUCAUGUUAUUAGUCCAUUAACUGCCGAGCCAAUAGUGACGGAAAAAAAUAUUUCCAUACAACCAUUUCCAUCGCCAGUUUAUGGAAAAUUUUUAACAAGUGGUCAAAGUCCAAUUUAUGAAAUAAUUUACAUUGCUGAAUUAAUUGUUGGUUUUAUAAUGUAUUCAAUUGCAAUUACAACAUUUAGUUUUGCGGCAAUUUUAACAAUACAUGCGUGCAGUCAAUUUGAAAUUGUUAUUUUAAAUUUGGAUAAUCUUUUUAGUGGAAUUGAAAAAUAUUCCGAUUUACAUGAUAAAUUGAUUGUUACUGUUAAUUCGCAUUUAAAGGUUUUAAGUUUUGUUUCACAAUUGGAAUCUGUUUUUAAUGAAAUAUGCUUUAUUGAAAUUAUGGGAUGUACUUUAAAUAUUUGUUUACUUGGAUAUUACACAAUUAUGGGUUGGAAAAAACAGGAAUUAUCAGCUAUUCUCACGUAUAGUAUUCUUUUAGCUUCGUUUAUAUUUAAUAUUUUUAUUUAUUGUUUAAUUGGAGAAAUGGUAACUAUUCAGGUGAGUAAAUUUAAUUUUCUCUUUUUUUUUACUUCAAUAAUUUUUUUUUUACAGGCAACAAAAGUUGGUGAAAAAAGUUAUAUGAUAAAUUGGUAUUUAAUGCCAAAAAAAACGUCCAAAGAUUUAUUAUUUUUCAUCAGAAUUUCUCAAUAUCCAUCAAAAAUUUCGGCGGGAAAAAUUUUUGUCCUCUCUCUUGGAACUUUUUGUACGGUACUAAAAACAUCGGCAGCAUAUUUCAAUGCUUUAUGGAAAAUGUCACAAUAAUUUAUAUAUUUUACUAACAAAUAUAUAUUGUAAUUUAGUAAUAAUACUUCCAAAUAUAGAAA